GAGAGGCAUCGCCCUAGAUAACGGUAGAAUCGCGCAGUGGUGUCGCGUUGUCUUCUCUCUCGCGAGAGUGUGAAAAUCUAGGCGGCGGGGGUACGAGGUACGAGAAGGGCAGGCGGCGACAGGAGAAAAAGAGAGAGAGAGGCGCGUCCGUCCGCGUAAUCAGCGUCGUCGUCGUCGUCGCCUUCUUCGAGGCUCUCGCGCGUUGCCCUCGUGAACCGCGAGCGAGUCGUCUAUGCCUGCGGAUCGAUCGGUACGCACAGUGCCGAUAUAUCAGGCGUGUCGUGUGUGCGAGGAACUUUGCGACGAGAACCCGGUACGUAACCCGGUUCGACGCGAAUUCCGACCCUCGUCGACCAGUCAGUGCGGAGUCGGUCAAACUAGUUGGCUGGCUAACGGCAAGAAUCAGUUUGACGGCGAGAACGAACACGCUGCUCUCCCUAUGAACUCGUGACAGUGCAGAGACGAAGAAGCCGAGCCGAGUAGAAAAAAAAGGAAGAGAGAGAGAGCGCGCGUGCGGGUGGACGGACCAGGUAGCUCUAUUAAUUACCGAAAGCUCUCAAUCGUGGCGACGAGGAAGAGGUACGCGUGACGACGGGGACAACGAGGGACGUGAGGAAGAUAAGAGAGAGAGAGAGAGAACAUACAAGUCUGUGUGUAUGUGUAUAUGUAUGCGCGCCUGAGAGCCGCCGAGCCGACUUGCGCGAGCGAUAGAGAUAGAGGAAAAGGCAGACAGAGAGAAAGAGAGAGAUAGGGACGAGAAGCGGAGAGAAUUAUCGAGUGAACCCGGGAGAUACCGUGUUCUACUAGCGAGCAGCGUGGGGCAUUCAGGAGUCACGAGAGGUCCGUUUCACUGAAAGCAAAUCGAGGCAAAACGUGGCGGAUUCGGUGACCCUUCGACUGUGAUCAGGCCCAUAGGCAGUAGGUAGGGCUAAGGAGAUGCGCGAAUAUAAAAUAGUGGUACUGGGCAGCGGAGGUGUAGGCAAGUCUGCCCUCACUGUCCAGUUUGUGCAGGAGAUCUUCGUAGAGAAGUAUGACCCGACGAUCGAGGAUAGCUACCGUAAGCAAGUCGAGGUCGACGGUCAACAAUGUAUGUUAGAAAUUCUAGACACAGCCGGCACGGAACAAUUCACAGCCAUGAGGGACCUUUAUAUGAAAAAUGGGCAGGGCUUCGUGUUAGUAUAUUCGAUAACAGCACAAUCAACCUUCAACGACCUGCAAGACCUCAGGGAACAAAUCCUGCGGGUAAAGGACACGGAUGAUGUGCCGAUGGUGCUAGUAGGUAACAAGUGUGAUCUGGAGGACGAGAGGGUAGUAGGAAAGGAUCAGGGUGUCAACCUUGCCCGGCAAUUCAAUUGCGUGUUUAUGGAGACCUCUGCCAAAGCUAAAAUUAAUGUUCGCGAUAUUUUCUACGAUCUGGUGCGGCAAAUAAAUAAGAAAUCGCCAGAGAAGAAGAUGAAGCAGAAAAAGAAAUCGCUGUGCCUACUUCUGUAAGGUAUAUAUAUGGCGCCCAUAUUCUCCUACAUGAAAAUCCGAGGACACCAGUGGAUUAAAAAAAAAACCGACCGAAGUGGUUAUAAAACAAGAAAAAUACUAAUGACAAAAGAGGAGGAGGGGGCUGACGGAAUAUUAAGCGACGGUAGAACGGGAAUCUACGGUACUGAAAUCCGAACGGUUGUAAAACGACGGUAGAGAGACGAUGGGAGAAUAAGGGCAUAUAAGGGCACAAGGUAACGCAACGGAGCGAAGAACGAAGAGAUACGUGGAAGGGAACGCAGCGAUAAGCGGAAGGAAAUAUUGUAUAUAACAUUGGUUCCGGGAUGGCUCGUGUGCACGCGCAAGCAACAGCGCACAAAGUAGGAUACGAGACCCCGCAGCAUCGGUUAUCACUGUAGGAGUUUUGCACGAAUAAAUGAAGGGAAAAAUGAUUAAUAGUAUAUAUUUAGGAGAAUGGAAGAGAUAAGAAAAAAAGAAACGUUUGUGGACAUGCGCGUGCGCAGGCCAUUAGCCCCCAUGCAUCGCGCUCUCGCCGCGCAUCUCUCUCUCUCUUAUAUAAUAUAAUAAUUAUACAUAGAUGGUACUUGAACAUGAUUAUUGCUAUUAUUAAUAUUAAUUAAUUAUUAAUUAUUAUCGGAUCAUCAAAAUAUUCAUAAGUUAUCAAACUGUUUGUUUCUCAAACAAAGUAUGUUUUUCUAUAUCUCUCCGUAUUAAGGCAAAUAAUAAAAAAAAUCAGUGAAUGUUAAAAAAAAGGGCCCAAGUUUCCUACUCUUGUAAUGCAACCUGGAUUUCAUUUUAUUUCAUUCCGAGCCCCCUUUGUCUCAUUUGUGAAUCAUGUUCUGCCGUUCGCGUGAUUAGUCUGUAGAUAAUUUUUCCUUGUUUCGUAUAAUCUCUACAUCAAGUAACAGUUGUAAGAUAAGAAAAACGGAAUAAAGUAACUUUGUGAUAUA